CAACGAAGAAGAAUCGCCAUACCCGGCUCUGUUUUUGUAGCUCUGUCUGCAAGAACCUUUUUUUUUUUUUUUUUUUAAUUAUUAUUAUUACCAUAGUUUAUAACAUUGUUGGAAAUGGCUCGUCGCAGGGUCCAGCAUUUAAGGGGCAUUUUAACUGAACGCCUCAACGCCGUGUUCGAUGAGAUAUUUGGAGAAGUUGAAAGUAUCUUGGAGGAUUGCUGUGAGGAAAACAAACGCCUGAGGAGCACGCUGCACAUGGUGAUCAAUCCCGAGUUAAAGCUAACCCGCAUAGAUGACGGUCGACACACUGGAGCCCACGCAGAGAGGCCGUUUGAGAGAAACUCCCAGUUUGAAUUCGAAGUAUCUGAGCCACCGACUAAAAAACCCAAAGAAGAGUUAAUUGAAACAGAGGUAAAGUGGGAACCGGAGCAGCAACAAGUACCCGGGGAGGCCGUACUUGACUGUGUAAAAACUGAACCGAAGGAAGAAGACACAAGCAUCGCUGAUUUAUACCAGAUUAAUGUAGUGGAUUACAGCACCGACUCUUCAGCCACCCUCUCAGAUGAGGAAGAGAACAGUGACCAGAGGGAGAGUUUCUCAGAGCUUGGAGCAGGUUCGGAUUGCUCACAAGCGUUCAGGGGCGAUGAAGCAGAAGCUGAGAACCAGGAACGUCAAGCUCGUCCUGCAUCUUCAAAGACGAAUAAGAAUAACCCGUCCCUGCAGAAAACCAUGCUGAAGUUUCCUAGGAUCAUGCCCUACAAACCUUUCAUGCCUCCCCCACCUGACUGCCAGUCAUUCUUUGAAAGUCUCAAGGAAGCCUUUAUAGAUUUUCCCGAUGAUAAGAAGCCUCUGAUCACAACAAUUGACCUGACGUCCAAUGUAGAAUUGGUGGACUCUGCUCUUGGUCAAGUCCCUAAAGGUUGCCCUCUCUCCUAUCAUUUCCCUCUGCCAUCAAGUCAGGACUUUAAGGCUUGUGACGACGCUCCCCCUCGGCCGCAGCUCCCGCUUGCUAUUAACAACCUGGAGCUUGCGGACCUCUCUGUGCUCAGUGCUGAGGACCAUGAACGUGUAAAUAGCAUGCAGAUCACCUGGGAGGCAGCACAUCAUCUGGAGCUCUCGACACGUGAAUGCAGGGAGUCUAUAGAAGAGCACCGGAAGAUGCGCUUGACCUACCGCUUCAAAGAAAUCUGCAAACUUCAGCCGGGACGUAAACAUGCAGAAGACCUGAUAUAUAAGCUUCUGAAAGGACCCCCCAGGUCCAAGAUGGCACAGAUAGAGGAGGAGCUGAAGACCGAAGCACUUCGGGAAUACUGCCGCCAUUUGUGUGUGAACUGGUAUCCCUGCGGUCUGGUUGUCCACCCAAACGCCCCGUGGCUUGGGGCAGCGCCUCACGGGUUGGUGUACGACCCCAACGAGCAGGACCGCUUCGGACUGGUGCACAUCAAGUGCGUCAUGCUGCCGAGCUUCGCCGACUCCAAUUUCGUGUUCAGCAGGAACGGAGAUUUACAGCUGAAGAGGCACCACCUGAGCUACUGGCACAUCCAAGGAGAGAUGAUGGUGACCGGAGCGACGUGGUGCGAUCUGCUGGUGUACUCCAGAGAAGACAUUCUUGUUCAACGCAUCUACCGCGACGAGGCCAACAUCACGGACAUGAAGGAGAAGUUGGAUGAGUUCUUUUUCAGCUACUACUUGAAAGGUUUUUUCACUAGUACGACCCAGUAGCGAUAUCAUCACACCCCUGACUUAUGGAGGGGGUUUUAUUCUGGCUGUGAGACAUGCCUUUUUGCCAUAUGAGACAAACACAUCUUUACCUAUACCAUUCAUCAGUGUCCCUGUCACAAAUUGUGAACUGUCCAUUCUAAAUAAGCUGUAUAUGAACCUACAUAGGUUCCCCUCAGGUUUUCGGAUGUGUGUUUUUGUAGACUGCAAACGACUCGAAGUUAUAUUUUCUGACCUCUACAACACCACUGAUAAUAAGUGUGUGAUUUUUUUGUAUUAGUUUCACUAAAUUUAGAAUUUCCUUUUUCUUAUAUAUAUAUAUAUUUUUUUUUUGUUAUUUGUCCUUUUGUCAAACUGAAUUGUUUUUUUCCUGCAUGUUUCUCGUGUUACUACUCUUGUUCUUAUCAUGCGUAGUUUGACAUAUUGAUUAAUCUUUGAUCAGUCAUUCACUGAAAGAAAGACAGAAAAAAACUUACAAAUAGAGCAGUGUUACAGUUUCAAGUGAUGUUUUGUCUGUGUUUCCCCACUUGCUACACAUUUCAAUCCCCUUUCAGAUCUCAGAGCUUUAUCAUGUCUGAAGGUUCCCAGUCAUCCAGGUCGGGGUGCAUCUAAAACCAAAGCUAAAACGCAGGCAAUAGGAGUUUUGGUUUUUAUUAGGAAUAUAUUUAUGUGGGUCGAGCACAUUUCUGAGGACACUGAUCUCACCUGCAGGAUAUUCUGAACAAUUUCUCAAGUUGUACGAGUCUCUGGUUGUUAACUGAUUCUACAGCUACAGCUUUUGAGUUUCAGGUGAGCAGGUGUUCAGCUUCAUUUUUAAAUAAGAGGAAACAUGUAUUCAGCACCUUUAUUUCCUUUAACUUCCACUUUUCUUUAACACUAGAGUCUUUCUGACAUUGUCUUUGACAUUAUUCACUUUGAUGUGAACUUAAGCUGAAUGCCAACAUGUAUUAACAAUAUUAAUUAAACAGAAAAAUGUCCUUGGUAGGCACAUGUGACAGUAAAUAUUAUUUAUAAAUGUGCUUUCUUUCUUCAGUCUUUGUGUGUUAAUAUCUUAAAAGGUUGCGAUAAAUUGGAAAUGCUCUAUAAACUACCAAAGCUGAUGUAGCUGUGCUGCUGCUUUAUUCCUGACAAGUUUUUUUUUUUUUUUUUUAAUUAAAAAUCU